AUGGCUCAUUCUCUCCAUAUCGUAGAACAACGUCCGUGUUCGGAAUGGGGACGUACUAAUGAAUCUUGUGUACAACAUACUGGAUUUGACAUCGAGCAAGUACAAGAAUUAUAUUCUAUGUGCGAACAACCACUUAUAAAUUAUUGCUCCCCUAAGAAUUAUCGACAUACAAACAGUACCAAUAGGUCAUAUUUAUCUCCUAUGAAUUUACUUGCUGUUAUAUUAUGGUUCUUGAAGCAUUAUCAUUCUGAACGUUAUAUUGCUUCAGAAUUAAAUUUGGAUCGAUCAACAGUAAAUUAUUUACCAUCCGAGAUUGUGGAUAUUUUACAUUCCUAUAUAUAUUCACAAUUAAUUACAAUGCCUGCUAAUAUAUCCGACAGAAUUACAGCACAUGGACCUGAAGAAUAUCAUAAAUUAAUAGUUGAUUCGACUUUCAUCCCAAUACCUGAACCUGGCGAUUCAACUCAACGUAAAGCAUGCUAUCAUGCAAAAAGUCCGACAAAUUAUGCGUUAAAAGUAGGCAGUAUACAUGAUAUUACAAUUCUAAGGGAAUCAGGACUAUUAGAACAUGUGAACGACUCGGUGCAAAUUAUUGCUGACAAAGUUUACAUCGGCGAAGAAUACGUUGUCACUGCAAGAAAGAAACCUCGUGGACGUGAAUUGGAAGACGAAGAUAAAGAUUUCAAUCGAAAUAUAAAUAGUGCUAGAGCAGCGAUUGAAAACAUCAAUCAACGUCUCAAAGCAUACGCCAUCUUAGGUAGUGUUUACAGAGGAGCGGUUGAUGAUUAUCAUAAGAUAACUAAAAUUGCACAAGUUGUGUCAGCUUUAUGUAACAUGAAUCUGAAUAAACAUCCUAUUCGUAUAUAA